AUGGCGACGCUCGUAGAAAUUAUCGGCGAAACACUAAAGUCGGCCUCGACAAGUUCAAUAAAAUUGUUGCAUCAACUUGUAUUCGAAGAGGUUGGAGAUAGGAAUAACAGAAAAAGAUUAAGAACCUUUGGUGGAUUCAAUUUUCCAUCCAAAGAGGACGUAAACCUAAAAAAGAAAGUGCAAUAUAUUAAUGAGAACUUUCGAUUAAACGACCUAGUUGUUUUGUGCAACUUAUUAAAUGUUCAAUAUGACGGUAAUAAAGACGAAAUCGUUGAAAGGCUUGUUCUUUCUCUUUCUGAUUUAAAAUCAUUACAAUCAAAUCUGAUCUUGGCAGAUGUUGAUACCGAAGACGAAGAUGUAUUAGAAGUUCAAAGUGUUGCCGAUGAUCCACCUAGCAAUAAUUGUCUGCGUGUUUCGGAUAUCACUAAACUUUCCAUUAACUUUCAUGACGUGAAAAACGUAAUCAAACCUUUCGAUGGUAGUGAAUAUUGUUCUAUCGAUAAAUGGCUGGUUGCAUUCGAAGACUUUGCUAAAAUGAUGACUUGGUCUGAUUUACAUAAAUUUAUAUUUGCAAAACAAUCCUUAACAGGGUUAGCGAAAUUAUUUGUUGAAAGUCAAAGCGGUAUUAAUUCCUGGGAUAAAUUGAAAUCGGAAUUAAAAGCGGAAUUUGGCAGUAAAUAUAACUCAGCGCGAUUGCACGGUAUGUUGGCUAAACGCCAAAUGCUCCCCAAUGAAUCCGUGCAAGAAUAUUUCUUUAAAAUGCAAGAACUCGCUAGUUAUGGAAAAAUUGAGCCUGACGGGUUGAUCGAAUAUGUUAUUUCUGGUAUACGUGACAUACCGAAUAACAAAGCGAUGUUAUACGGAACAGAUAAUUUUACAGAAUUUCGUGAAAAGUUGAGAGUAUAUGAGAAGAUCCGGUCUACAUAUUCUCGUUCGUUUCAGUCUAAACCGAAUCUACCUACAGAGCAUCGAAAUAAGCAUGACGGUAAAACUGUCAAAUGUUUUAAUUGUAACGAAAUUGGUCACAUUUCAAGUAAUUGCUCGUAUAAAUCCGAGGGUAUUAGAUGUUUUAAGUGCAAAAAAUUCGGCCAUAAAGCUAACGCUUGUCCUCAAAAAGAAGUAAACAAAAUGGAACUAAGUCAUUUCUCUAGAUCAGUGGUUCCCAACCUUUUUUCAUUAGCGUACCCCGUGACAUGCAUAGAAAAUGUCAUACUGAAUUGCGUCGACUGCAUACUAUAUAAUAGGAAAAGGGGGAAAGGUGAAGGCCUAUUAAAUCCCAUACCAAAAGGGGACAGUCCUUUGAGCACAUACCAUGUAGAUUUUCUCGGACCACUACCCUCAACGAACAAAAACUACCAGCACAUAUUCACGGUAGUAGAUAGUUUUACUAAGUUUGUGUGGUUUUACCCCGUUAAGUCAACAACUACACGAGAUGCUUUGGAUAAGCUGAGGAUCCAACAAGCAGUAUUUGGAAACCCGUUUCGUAUUGUCACGGAUCGUGGAACCGCUUUUACUUCCAAAGAAUUUAACGAUUAUUGCACCAACGAGAUGAUUGAGCACAUUACGAUUGCCACAGGUAUUCCUAGGGGAAAUGGACAGAUAGAACGUAUGCAUAGCAUCUUGAUCCCCGUUUUGGCGAAACUCGCGCAAGAAGACGCUACAAAGUGGUACAAAUAUGUUUCGGACGUCCAAAGGAUCAUCAACAGUACGCCAACGCGUAGUACGAGAUAUACACCUUUUGAAAUUUUGGUCGGUACCAAAAUGAAAAAUAAAGAAGACCUGAGAAUAAAAGAGAUUUUGGAAGAAGAAUUUUUAAACUGUACGAUGCAAGAUAGAGACAAGAUUCGAGAAGAUGCCAAACAAAACAUCUUGAAACUACAGGAGGAAAAUCGUAAAUCCUACAAUAAGAAAAGAAAGCAAGCUCCCAAAUAUCAGGUCAACGACCUUGUUGCCAUUCAGAGAACCCAGUAUGGGACAGGACUCAAACUAAGACCUGUUUUUCGGACCUUACAAGGUUACCUCGACGAUGCCUAGGGACAGAUAUGCGGUUGAGAAAAUUGGUCAUCAUGAAGGCCCAAUGUGACUGUUACUGCAGCUGACCACAUGAAGCCAUGGCCCACUGACAUCAAGAACUUUUCCAGAACAUUUCUAAUCGUAUUUUCUCUUUUUGUUCUUAUGUUUUUGUGUGUGUGUUGUUUUUUAGUUUUCCAGUAAUCUCUCCAAGGACGGAGUGAUCUGCAGGAUGGCCGAGCUGCAAGGUCUAUGUAAGAAGGUCAGGACACGCUCCCGUGAUUCUAUGCGGCAGCAGCCAUUUUGGGACUCAUCGAUAGAGCUCAACAUACGUGGUUCCUGCGUGAGUCGACUAUUAUUACUUAUAUACGUACUCAAAACGUUAAGCAAUGGGUUAUUGUGUUGCACCUAAUUGUAAAAGUAAGUCUACCGACGUUCGAUUGUUCAGAUUUCCUGCAGAUAAGCAGAGGA